AUGACAGCAAAUCAUGACAAAGAUAAUAUUCCACAUAAAUGUGAUAAACGAUGUUCAUAUAAUAAAGAAUUAGAUAAUGAAGUUUGGAAAUGUUUACCAUGUCAUCGUAAUGGACGUGAUACAAUUGUCUAUGGAAAAUUAGUAACAAAAAAUGAUGGUCUUGUUCAAGGAUUACUUAAAUAUGUAUGGUCUGGUUGUGUUAUUGAAUGUCCAUAUCAUGGAGAAAUCUAUCGUUCAAGAAAACAUUGGUAUGGAAAUAAUGAACCAAAAGAUGUAACAUAUGUAGAAAUAAUUCAUGUAUGGCCUGGUGAUGAUAAUAGUCGAUUAGCUAGUGAUGUUACACCAAGAAAAUUUGUUGAAUUAAUUGCUUAUGCUAGCAGUUAUCUUGCAGCACCAACAAAACUAAUAACAGAAAUGGUUGCUGAUCAAGUAGCACCCUCAUAUUGGGUACCAAAUAAAUAUGUUAUUGCUUGUGCAGGGUGUAAACUUCGUUUUGGUUCGGAACAUUCUAAACAUCAUUGUCGAAAAUGUGGUCAUGUAUUUUGUGAUAUAUGUACAAAAUAUCGUCGUAUUGUUCCAUGGAUUGAUACAGAAAAUCCAGUACGUGUAUGUCUUAAUUGUAGUGAUAAUUCGAAAUCACAAUCAUCAUCACUUGAAACACACAAACAAUUAAGUCAAAAGAUAUAUACAAAUGAUAGUAGUGAUGAUUCAAUAAGUACUGUCUCAUCCGAGGAACAGCUUACCGAUUUAUAUUUAACACCAAUUGAUAUCUUCGAUAUUGAACAACCAGCUACAGUUGAUAUUCCAACAUCAAGACGUGUUUAUGAAAGUGUUAAAAGUGGUCUUGAAAAAAUCGGAGUUAAUUAUCCUAUUGAACUUAUUAAAGAAAGUACUCGACCAAAUUAUUGGAAGCCUGAUAAUGAAUGUUAUGCUUGUUAUAUUUGUAAACGAGUAUUUAAUAAUACAACAAAUCGAUUACAUCAUUGUCGAAGUUGUGGCGAUGGUGUUUGUGAAAAUUGUUCACCAAAUCAACGUCCUGUACCAGAAAGAGAUUGGUUAACACCUGUGCGUAUGUUUAUGUAUAAUGGUUAUUCAUCGUAUGAUAGCGAAAUUCAACGGCACAUUGUAUGUAAUUCACCAUUAUCAUCCAAUGUGCCAUUAUUAGUAGCUGAAGAAAUUGUUUUACCUUAUUUAAAACAUAUAAAUGAUUUAAUUAUAAGUAAUCGACCAUUUUCAAUUGUGACUGAUAAAGAUUUUAAAUGGACACUUGAAGUAUUUGCAUUCGGUUUUACAUGUGAAGAACCUGUAAUACUUCAAUUAUGUUCAAAUAUUUAUGUUGAAUGGUUAAAAGUAUUUGAAGGAACAUCCAAUAAUUCAAAUUCGAUUCCACCUAUAUUAAGAGAAAAAACAGAAUUUUAUUGGUCACAAAUGUUGUGGCAUUUAUAUCAUCUCUUUGUUGUUCAUGAUGAGAGACCAGCUGAUCUAUUAACAAAACGUAUAUAUACUCAUAAAGUUCUUCGGCAAUUACAAGCUGUUAUUAGUCAAACAGAUUUAAGUCUUGAUUUAUGGCAUAUCUUACUUCAAGUAUUUUUAGCUAUUGGUGAUACUGUAUUAUCUCCACCUUAUCGAACAAAUGAAGAAGGUACUGCUGUAACGAGCUUUCGUCUUGUACCAUCGAUUUAUCAAGUAUUUUUGGUUGCUACUUGUAAAGUACACAUUCCACCUGGUUUAUGGAGAACAUUUCGUGAUUAUGCGAUAACAUGGCGUCAUCGACCGGCUGUUAUAUAUGAUUGGGCACUACUUACAUGUGUUCUUACAUCAACUGUUGUGCGUAAAUUAUGGUGGCCAGAUUUAAUAUUACUUCAAUAUACUUGUACUGAAACUGAUCAAAGUGAAUAUAUACAAAAGAUAAUCGACUCUCUUUCAUUAGAUUUACUUGUUAUAACAUGGAUCAAAUUUCUUACUAUUCUACAAAAUCCAUCGGAAUGUGGUGAUGUUUCGGUUUUUGUACGUAUGCCAAAAUAUGCAAAUCAAUUACAAGGAAAUUCAAAUAUAAAAUUAAAAGAUUUAACAUCAUUACAAGAAUUACCACGUAUUUUUGUUAAUGUUACUAAAGCAAUUGGAAUGUUUGUUGAUAUAUGGUUAGGAAAAGAUAUUGAUUCAACUAGUUUAUAUAGUGCUAAACCAAUAAGUAAUUCAACAGUUACAAUGAAUGAUAAUACAAUACCUAGUGGUAAUUUAUUAUCACCAUCACGUCCUUUUACUCAAUCUGUUCAUGCAACAUCAUCAGGCUUACAACCAUCACAACAACAACAACAACAACAAACAGCUGGUACUUUAAAACCUACCAAAUCACAAGCUGAAAAUCGAAGAGUUAGUAUUCCAUCUGGUCAGUUAUAUUCAGCAGUAUCACCAACAACUAAUACAAAUUUAUCAUUAUCAAUUCCUCAACAAAAUCGUUCUGAACAAUUAUCAAAAAUUUUACGAACAAAUCGACCUACUGUAAAUAGUUUAAUGCAUCUAUAUGGUCCAUGGAUAUUAGAUGCAUGUUUAUUACAAUUAAAAGAUCGUUAUACACGUUCAGCAACAAUAGUUAAUGCAAAUGAUUCUUUUCGAAUGAAUGAAAUUGAUAAGACAAUAGAUAUUCAGAAUGAACGUUUAAUGGAUGAAGCAUUUGCUAAAUCAUUUGCAACACUAUGUACAAUAUUUGGUAGUGCACAUUGUGAUGAAUAUAUACAUUCAGAAUAUUUAAGUAGAUUUUAUUAUGCUUUACAACAAGGUCUUCGAUUUUAUCAAGGCGAUGAACAACGUUCUUUAACAAUAAUUGAAUCAAUUUUAUUAAAUAGUGCUGAUUUAUUUCGUAUUAAUUUACGUGGUAUUAAUAUUUUAUUACCACUUUAUUUAGAUGCAAUUGAAUAUUAUCUUCAAAAUGAUAUUCAAACAUAUAAUAAUAAUCAAUCAAAUAUGAAAAAUACAACAAAUUUAUCAAUAAAUCAUGAUCGUUUUAUACGUAUUCGUUUAAAAUGUAUUCAAAUACUUAUGUCAAUUGUUAGUUUACCAUUUCAUUAUGAAAAUCUUCAACAACAUUUAUUUGAAGAUUAUUUUGAAAAAUCACAUGAUAUACAAACAACAAUUAGAACAUUUUUACAAUAUCGUAUUAAAAUAUUAUCAUUAUUAUUAAAUGCUUUAAGAUUCGAACAAGAUACUACUAAUGUUCAAUUAUUAUUCGGUACUAUUCGUUUAGCUUGUUCAUUAUCAGCUCAUUAUGAUCGACAACAAGAUAAAUCAGAAGAUAAAGUUUAUAAAGAUACAAUUCCUGAAUAUUCAAAUCAAGCCGUAUUAUUAAUCUGCGAUAAAGGUACAAAUGAUUCUCAAUUAUUUUUGACUGCACUUGAUACACUUAUUUCAUUUGUAACGGAUCCAAUAUGUCAAAUACCGAUUGAAACAUGGAAAAUAGUUCUUAAACGUUUAUGUACUUUUAUUGAUACACAAUUACAUUUAAGUCCAAAACAUCAUACACGUGAAAUGCAUUCAACAUGUGUUGCAACAUAUAAUACAUUAAUAACAUUAAUUAUUGAACGACCAACAUUACUUGAUGAUUUAGAAAAUUUAUUUCAAUUAUGUGAAAUUAUUGAAUUAGGAGUAUCGGGUGAAAAAGCUCAAUCAUCAGAAAAAAUUAUUUAUAAAAAAUAUAAAGAAUUUCAUCCAGCAUCCCAACGUGUUGCUGAAGCUGCUGAAUAUUUAAUGUGUAUUCUAUUUGAACAUAAAGCUGUAUUGCAUUUAAAAAAUGAUAUAUGUAGAAAUUGGUUGGAUGAAACAACAUUUGCAAAUUCAAUGACAUCAACACAAUUCAAAUAUUUUGCUGUUAAUGGAAAUACUUUAUUAGCAGUUACUGAAUUACCAAUUACUGUUAAUAAUGGUUAG